AGGAGAAGAAAAACAUAACUUGGGGUCCAAAAUCACUUUUCAAAAAUCAAAAUGGAUUAAUCCGAAAACCGAAGAAUUCUAACACCACAGACCAGACAAGCUGUACUCUUCUUCUCCUUCUUCGCAAGUUUAUCUGCAAAACCCUAACUAUAUCGCCAUAGUUGGUUCUCCAGAGCUUAAAAUGUCUCUUUCAAUCCAAACCCAUUUCCAAAACCUCUCCUUUUCCACGUCUUUAACAUGUCCCAACACUCUCUUUCUCAAACCCAAGCUCUCUAACCUCUCUCUCCAAACCCCAAACCCCUCCAUUAUCCGAAUGGGGGGAGGCCCAAGAACAUAUCCCGGUGGUGUAUCGAAGUGGCAGUGGAAGCGCAUGCAGGCGAAGAAAGCCAAGCAGCUCCUCAAAGCAAGGCUCUGUCGCGAGCGCCAAAUUUACGAGAUGCGCAAGCGAGCCGAGCUCAAAGCCGCCGUAUCGGAGCUAGAACGGCCAUGGGAGAUCGUUGAGAGGGCUGCUCCAAACUUGUUCUCCGUCAGUGCCGACGAACAGGUCAAGGUGUUGGCCGAUCGGUUUCAAAAGCCAGGUGGGUUUGAUAUGUGGAGUGAGAAAGACGGGCCUCAAUUGUUCAAAACCCCCGAUGAGUUACCUUCCGCGAGGUUUUUCCCAAAAGGGGUUGUUCAUAGUUUGAAACCUUAUCGAAGAAUCGAUGAAUUGGAUGAUGGGGCUAAGAGCUUGGAUGAUUUGGAAGACGGUUUUUCAGUGAAGAAAUUGAGUGAAAACUGUGAGAAUAGUUCAAAUUCGAACAAGGGUAGUUUAGAACGAGCUGAGGUUAAUGGGAAAGUUGGAAAGCAAAACAAUGGUGGAUUGAGGAAGAAGAAAGGGAGUAGAAGAACAAGGUUUGGGUCUGACAAAUUGAAUGGCUCUGAACAGAGCCUUGGCAGGAAGCAAAGAUUGCAUAAUCCAAAUUCAGGAAGGAAUGAUUAUAGGUACAGUAGGAGCAAGUUGAAUGAGUCGAAGUCUGAGGUUUAUGAUAUGAGUUUGGAACAAGAUGGUAGCUAUGGAUUCCAAUCAAAGAACGGUCUUUAGGAGUCAGACAUUUCUAUUGAUUGUGUUAGCCAUGGUUUUUGAACUCAUUGAAACUUGACUGCAAAGAGCAUUCUGUACAGAAAAUACUUGCUGAUUUUUGUUUAUGCAGGAAAUUUAUCAUAACAACAUGAUUGGGACAGAGAGAGGAGCAGUCCUAAAUUUUCCUGGUAUACUUAAAACUUAAUUUUAAUGAAAGUCCUUGCUCAUAUUCUGCUGUCAAAUUUUGGAUGAUAGAAUAAUGUAAUUAUUGUUGUAAACUGGAUUUCUUUCAUUCCAUGACACACUAAUGUGACUUUUAUAGUAUAAACUUUGUAUGUAAUUUGAAAAGGUGGAUAUCUUUCCUUGACUAAAUGAAGAAAAUAAAAGAACAUCUAAUUGUUUAAAA